AUGUUCUUCUCCAAGAGCUUCAUCGCCGCCGCCACGGUCCUCCUCGGGCUGACCCUCCAGGCGCACGCGCACGCCGGUGUCACCCCCGCGCUCGGCGUGAAGGCCAACUUCGCCCGGGCCAACGUGCAGCGCCCCUCGACCGCCAAGCCCUGCGGCAGCAUCAACGUUGCGCAGAACCUCGACGCGUCGACCCCCAUCGUCGCAAAGGCGGACGGCACCUUCGUCGCCACGAUCACGAACUUUAACGCGGGCACCGACGGCUCUCGCCAGGUGACCGCGAAGGUCGACGGCACGGGCGUCGGGAAGACGUUCACGGCCGCGACUGUCACCAAGAAUGGCGACAAGUCGCCCACCAACGUCGGCUCGCAGCAGCUCACCGUCGCGCUCCCCAAGGGCAUGACGUGCACGGGCGGAGCGACGAAGAACAAGUGCCUCGUCUCGUUCACGACCGCCGGCGGCUUCGGCAACUGUGCGGUCGUCCAGACCGCCGCCACUGGCGCCAAGGCUGCCACCGCCGCCGCGACCACGGGCAAGAAGGCCAAGGCGGCGGCUCGCGAUGUUAACGCUGUGGGCACCCGCGCGGCUCGCCAUGUCCGCAUUGUUGAGCAGGCCGAUGAGGCUGAGGAUGUGGAAGAUGAGGAGGAAGUCGACGUCGAGGCUUAG